AUGCCUCACGCAUCCAGAUCAUUGAACGUUCUCAUCGUCGGCGCUGGCUUGGGCGGCCUCGCGGCGGGACUGGCUUUGCAGACGGACGGCCACAAGGUCACAAUUAUCGAUGCAGCUCCUGAGUUCGCAGAGGCCGGAGCGGGGAUCAGGAUCCCACCCAACUCGAGCCGGCUGCUCAUGCGAUGGGGCGUUGAUCUAGAGAGGAUGAAGAAGUCGACUUCACAGAGAUAUCACUUCAUCCGCUGGAAGGAUGGCAGCACCAUCUUCGACUUGCCCUUCAACAAUAUCGUCGAGACACACGGGGCGCCUUACUGGCUUGUGCAUAGAGCGGACCUGCACGCCGCUCUGCUCGAUGCGACCCUGAAGGCCGGCGUCGAGGUUCUUACCAACAAGCGUGUCACAUCCUACGACUUUGAGGCGCCGAGUGCCACCACACAGGAUGGCGAGACCUUCAAGGCCGAUCUGAUCGUCGGCGCGGACGGCAUAAAAUCCAUCUGCCGACCCCUUCUUACCGGUCAGCCGGACGUCCCGCGGGACACGGGCGACGUCGCCUACCGGAUUCUCAUCCCUGGCGAGAAACUGCUGGCUGACCCGGACCUGGCCCAUCUGAUCCGCGACCCCUGCACGACAUCGUGGUGUGGCCCGGACGCGCACCUGGUCGGCUACCCGAUUCGCAACGGCGAGAUGUACAACAUCGUCGUGUGUGCGACCUCCUACAACGAGACCACGGACGAGGUCUGGGUCGUCAAGGGCGACAACAGCGAGCUGUGCAAGCGCUUCGCCAGCUGGGAACCCCAGGUGCGGAAGCUCUGCGCCCUCACGGGCGACUUCAUGAAGUGGCGCCUGUGCGACCUGCCCAACCUUACUCGCUGGACGCACCCCUCGGGCAAGGCCGUGCUGCUGGGCGACAGCUGCCACCCGAUGCUGCCUUACCUGGCCCAGGGCGCUGCCCAGGCCGUCGAGGAUGCUGCCGUCCUGCGCCAGGUGCUCGCCCAGGACGUGCACAUGGCCGCGGCCCUAAAGCAGUAUGAGCAGAUCCGCAUGCCGCGGGCGAGCCUGGUGCAGGCCAAGACUCGCGAGCACCAGUACAUCCUCCACGUCGACGACGGUCACGAGCAGCAGAACCGGGACAAGAAGUUGGCUCUCGAUGCGGCGGAGAACCCGGUCUUCUGGGGCUACGACGACCGGAGAAAAUGGCUCUUUAGUCAUGAUGCAGAGGUGAUCCAGAAAGAAGGGGCGAACUGGAGAGAUGGGCCCAACAUGAAUGGUGUGCGUGUUUCUUAG